UUUCCGGCUGCUGGCUGUCGAACCCUGAGUCCCGCCUGUGUCCUUACAGCCCUGACACGAAUCCCAGUCAGGUUCUGGAAGGACCUGCUCAGUUUUGCCGGCUGGGUGCGGCUCGGCGGCGGACUCCUGCUUCCUGCUCCAUCCCCGGCUGGGCCUGGGGCGGAACUGAUGACCCUCAAUGAUGUGGCUGGGGACUUCAGGGAAGAGUGGGUUACCUGGACACUGCUUAAAGAAUUCUCUUCAGGGAUGCCACCCAGCACAGUUAGAAGAAUGGGCUCUCAAAGGGAUUUCUAGACCAAGUGUAAUCUCCCAGCUGGAGCAGAAAGAAGCACCAUGGGUUCUACCACUACAAAACUUUGAAACAAUGACAAUCCUAAGGAAAAGUCACACAGACUUUGACCAUCAGGUGGCAAAACUCAGUCAGGACAUUUCUGAAACAACAGAACAAUGUGGAACAUCCUCAGAAAGGACCAAUAAAAAUAUUUCUCAUGUUCCUAAUUGGGGAGGAAACUGGGACAGGGCCCUUGAAGUAGGAGAGCAACAUAGAAUGCUUCCAGGAGAGGGCCAGCAGGAGCCCUUUGCACAGGCCAGGGAUUUAAACAAGUUCCUGCGUGGAUAUGUAGGAAAGAAGCCUAUGUGUGCAGAAUGUGGGAAAAGCUUUAACCAGAGUUCUUAUCUCAUAAGACACCUAAGAACCCAUACUGGUGACAGACCUUAUAAAUGCAUCGAGUGUGGGAAAGGCUUCAAACAGAGCUCAGACCUCGUCACUCAUCGCAGAACACACACAGGAGAGAAGCCCUACCAAUGCAGCAAGUGUGAGAAAAAAUUCAGCGACAGCUCAACUCUCAUCAAACAUCAGAGAACCCACACAGGGGAGAGACCUUAUGGGUGCCCAGAGUGUGGGAAGACUUUUGGACGGAAGCCACACCUCACAAUGCACCAAAGAACCCACACAGGAGAAAAGCCCUACACGUGCCUCGAAUGUCAUAAAAGCUUCAGUCGAAGCUCAAAUUUCAUCACCCACCAGAGGAUUCACACAGGCGUGAAGCCUUACAGGUGUAACGACUGUGGGGACAGUUUUAGCCAGAGCUCAGAUUUGAUUAAGCACCAACGAACCCACACAGGAGAACGGCCUUUUAAAUGCCCAGAGUGUAGGAAGGGCUUCAGAGACAGUUCUCAUUUUGUAGCACACAUGAGUACUCACUCAGGAGAAAGGCCUUUCAGUUGUCCUGAGUGCCACAAAAGUUUCAGUCAGAGUUCCCAUCUGGUUACACACCAGAGGACACAUACCGGUGAGAGACCUUUUAAGUGCAAAGACUGUGGGAAGGGAUUUGCUGAUAGCUCUGCCCUCAUUAAGCACCAACGAAUCCACACAGGAGAAAGACCCUACAAAUGUGGCGAGUGUGGAAAGAGCUUCAAUCAGAGCUCCCAUUUCACUACCCACCAACGCAUUCACAUAGGAGACAGACCCUACCCCUGUCCCGAAUGUGGCAAGACCUUCAACCAGCGUUCCCAUUUUCUCACGCACCAGAGAACACAUACAGGAGAAAAACCAUUUCACUGUAGUAAAUGUGAUAAGAGCUUCCGGCAGAAAGCUCAUCUCUUAUGCCAUCAAAACACCCAUUUGAUUUAGGAAAUGGUCUUUAGUGGUUCUGCUAUUACUUUUCAAAUUUCCAUUGCUACUGUCUUCAGAUACCCCAAAUAGAGAAAACCUGGGCAUUGGUGACUCAAGUCAGACCCUAAUCUGUUCUCUUUCUUUUCUGUGUUACAAUGAAGAGGAUGAACUUACAGGGUCCAAAUAAUGUUCUGAACACAAAAGACAUUACUUCA